AUGAUGUUCACUUCCCACUUCACCAUUCUUGCACUGCUCGCCUUCCUCGCUGGCGCUAACGCGGGAUGUGCAAUAUGCGAUGCCACUUUGGAGGUCGACGGUGCGGCGGUCUACACGUUAGUCAACAGCACUGUAGAGCACGACGGGUACACACUUUGCACCUACGAGAGUAAGCUGGGCACAGAGGUGACCUGCGAGUAUUCGGACAGUGGCGUGUACGAGGAUGGGGAUGACUUGUGUCCGCUUGUGUCAAGGUCGGAUACGUAUGGACAGUGCUGA